AAGUUUAUUGACAGGAGGUGGACGAUGCCGGUUUUGUUUGAAAUUCGCUCAAUUUUUGACACACCAGAAGACAGGAAAAAUUGUGAUUGUCGUCAUAAACUUUUUUUAUUUAUAUUUUUCUCGACAGUUGCUUGAAUUUAUAUAUUUAAAAUGGAUCAACAGUCGACCGGAGAAAUAAGCAUAAUUGUUAAAUGGAGUGGAAAGGAAUAUCCAAUCGAAGAUCUAACGGUUCAUGAUACGGUUGCCGUUCUCAAACACGAAAUAUGCAAGAAAACACAGGUGAAACCAGAACGCCAGAAACUUCUGAAUCUGAAACACAAAGGAAAAUUUGCUACCGACGAUAUUCGCUUAGGUUUACUGGAACUCAAACCGAAUUUCAAAUUAAUGAUGGUUGGAUCUCUAGAGGUUGACAUUGAAGAGGCCUCAUCAAAACCUGACGAUAUUGGUAAUGUGAUAAACGAUCUUGAUAACGAUGACGACGAUAAAGUACCGUUGGAGAACAAAGAAGUUUACUUAGCCAAAAUUAAUAAACGUGUUCGUGAAUACCAUAUCAACGAACUUAAUCCUCCUCGUGAAGGCAAGCGUCUACUUGUUCUGGAUAUUGAUUACACACUUUUCGAUCAUCGUUCCGCAGCGGAAAACGGAGCAGAAUUAAUGCGCCCAUAUUUACAUGAAUUUUUGACAUCGGCUUAUGAACAUUACGAUAUUGCAAUUUGGUCAGCUACAUCGAUGAAAUGGAUCGUAGAAAAAAUGAAGCUACUGGGUGUGACAUCGCAUUCCGAUUACAAACUUGUAUUCAUGCUAGAUUCGGAAGCCAUGAUAACUGUACAUUGUCCUGUGCGCGGGGUCAUCGAAGUAAAACCACUUGGUGUUAUCUGGGGGAAAUACGAGCAAUACUCUUCGAAGAAUACAAUAAUGUUUGAUGAUCUAAGAAGAAAUUUUCUGAUGAAUCCUAAAUCCGGGCUUCGCAUUAAACCAUUCGCCGGUGCACAUCUGAAUCGGCACAAGGACAAAGAACUGUUAAAACUAUCAAAAUAUCUUAGAGAUAUUGCCGAAAAUAGUGAUGAUUUCAACGAACUGAAUCAUAAAAAAUGGGAAAGCUAUAAACCGAAGAAACGUCGAGAACUAGCCGAUGAAUAAGAUCUUUUAGUUCCCAUUAUAUUUUCACUUUGCCUUAAUGUAAGUCGGGACAAUUUAAUAUCAAUAAUUUUUUAUUUCUUUGUAAUACAUCUAACUAAACAAAAAUUGAUCAGAAAAUAUAAACAGCCUUUAGAAUUCUAUCUCAUAUAA